GUCCGAUGCCGCGACCAGCGAUUCAGCGGCCUGGAUUAUGCGUGCCAUCAGCCGAUGGCAUCCGGCGCCUCGACGCGAUCGAGCGCCAUGCCGCCAUCCGCCGCGUAUAAAAACAAGCCCCGGCCGGCGCCGAGGAGCGUCCCAGCCACCGCACCCUCACGACUAUGCAUGGGGACCAAACGCUGCUGCGUCGUCGGCGUCCGAGCACGGGGACCGGACGCGAGCAGUAGCGACGACAUGCGGGAGCCCAGGAGCGCUACGAUGUUGGACGACGGCGACGACGACUUCACCUUCGCCGCCGCCCAUCCGCCUCCCCGUCUACUACCUGCAGGCGCCGGCGGCGGAUUCGUGGGGCCGCCGCUGCUGUACCCAGUCUUCGGGCGCCCGAGGUCCCCGCCGCGGGUUGCUGAUCCAGCGGAGCCGGAGCCGGAGCCGGACACGGCCACCGCGCGGGUGCCGCUAGGACGGCAUCUGGCGGUGGACAGGAGGAGGGAUCCGGCACCGGCACCGCUGCCAGCUCCCGCGGACGACGACGACGACUCGGUGCCGGCGGAGACGUUCUGCCCGUGGUCGCCCGGGUGGUCGGCGGCGGCGGCGUCGCCGGCGCGGUGCAAGAAGAGCGGCUCCACGGGGUCCGUGCUCCGGUGGCGGCCCCGGCUCGCCGUCGGGCGGAGCCAGAGCGACGGCAAGGAGAAGUUCGUCUUCUUGAGUGCCGGCGGUGGCUCUUCUGGGCGCCGGAGCCAGAAUGGGCGAGGCGUCGCCGCGCCCGGAGGUGGUGCCACUGCCGGUGCCCCCCACGCCUGGAGCUGCUACGUCAACGACAAUAAGUCCGGUGGCGGCGCGCGCCGCAGGUCGUUCCUGCCGUACAAGCGGGACCUCGUCGGGCUGUUCGCCAACGCCGCCGUGUUCCGCCGGAGCUACCUCCCGUUCUGAUAUGAUAUAUGCACUAUUGUACUGUACACCCAGAGGUAAUGGUUUGACCAUCAUCAGUUUACUGGCGUACUGCAGUGGGCUCGAUGGCAGCUUAUACUUGUCAUAGCCGGUCAGCCGUGCAGUCCAUCCAUUACCCAGCACAUUUCCCUCCUAGGUUUUGCUUCAUGCAUGUUUUGCUUGUAGAGGAAGGUGUGGUACAUGCAUAUGUGUGUAUAUACAUUUGGAUUAUGCAUGCCA